CCUGGGCGGAAGCAGUAGAGGGGGUUUCCAGUGUGAUCAGCCCAGUCCUCCCCGUUGGAUCUCUGAACUGGAUCCCAGUGACUUCUCUCGCUCGCGCACCCAGGACCGACAGAACCCGGAGAGUCCGCAGAACCCUGAACCCGAACCCGGACCAUGAGGAGUCCGCCUGAGGCCCGGAGGCUCAGAGGCAGCGGCAGCGGCAGGUUGACGGUUUGAAUCCCGGACAGAGACCGCCGAGCCUCGGAGCUGCUGAGCUGAGCUGUGGCCUGCGGAGGAGAUUCAUGUCAUGUCAGCGGGGAGGAGUGCUGACGGGAGGGAGGUGCAGAUUCCCCUCCAGCAGGUGGCGCCCUCCCUGACCACGCCCCUAUCUGUGGUCCCGCCCAUCCCUCAGCCCUCUCACCGCCAAGCCAAUCCCUGGCCUCCCAGCGACCCCACUGCUUCACAAGGUGUCCCUGCAGGUUUCCUGCCUCUUCACGGAGGAUUCAGAGAUCACUUUGUAGAAACUCCAGAAGCCAAAUACUGCUGCGAGGCCUGCAGGCUGGUCCUGUGUCAGCCCCGCCAGACUGAGUGUGGACACCGCUUCUGUCAGAGCUGCAUCAAGGACAUCCUCAGUCACCCAAACCCGGUAUGUCCAGCUGACAUGGAGCCUUUGUUCAAAGACAAGAUCUUCCGAGACGUUUGCUGCCAUCGGGAGAUCAUGGCACUAAAGGUUUACUGUCGUAGUGAAGCUAACGGCUGUCAGGAGCAGAUGAGUCUGCAGCAGAUACCUGACCACCUGAAUGUGUGUCCGUUCUACGAGGUUCCCUGUCCGUUGGGGAAAUGUAAAGAGCGAAUGAUGAGGAAAGAGAUUCCCGACCACCUGAGCUGGAAAUGUAAACACAGAGAGACCAGCUGCGAGUUCUGCAUGACCAAGAUGCCUCUGACUGACCUGCAGAAACACAAAGAGACGGUGUGUCCAGCGUUCCCAGUGUCGUGUCCGAACCACUGCACCUUCUCGUCCCUUCCCCGCAGUGAGCUGUCCAGUCACCAACAUGACUGUCCCAAAGCUCAGGUGAGCUGUCAGUUCCACCGCUACGGCUGCACCUUCAAGGGUUUGAACCAGGACAUGAGGCAACAUGAGUCGACCUUUGCAGCUGAACACCUGAGAAUGAUGGCCAGCAGAAACUCCACGUUAGAGAACAAGGUGGAGGAUAUUAAAGGUGAGCUGUUGGAGAGGUAUAAGGUGCUUCCUGCUCUCAGCAGUCGACUGUCUGAACUGGAGAACCAGAACGAUGAGCUGAGAGAGAAGAACCGACAGAUGGAGCAGAAACUGGCCACCAUGCAGAAACUAAUGAGCUCGCACUCAGAGAAGCUCCUGGAGGUGGAGCUGGAGCUUCGUUCUCUCCGCGUGCUCAGAGAUGAGGUGGAGAACCUGAGAGGAACGCUGGAGAACGUCCGGACGAGACUGAACGCUCUGGAACAGGGGGGACGCAGCGGGACCGGGUCCACAACAAACACUCUGGCUUCCCUGGAGACUCAGCUAAGUGUCCAUGAGAUCCGAUUGGCCGACAUGGACCUGCGUUUCCAGGUGCUGGAGACAGCAAGCUACAAUGGGACUCUGAUCUGGAAGAUUCGUGACUACAAGAGACGGAAACAGGAAGCGGUAGCUGCAAAGACACUGUCCUUGUACUCGCAGCCAUUUUACACCGGAUACUUCGGGUACAAAAUGUGCGCCCGCGUCUACCUGAACGGAGACGGCAUGGGCAAGGGGACGCAUCUGUCGCUGUUUUUUGUGGUGAUGAGGGGCGAGUACGACGCACUGCUGCCCUGGCCCUUCAAACAGAAGGUGACUCUGAUGCUGAUGGACCAGGGACCGUCCAGGAAACACUUGGGGGACGCCUUUAAGCCUGAUCCAAACAGCAGCAGCUUCAGGCGUCCUGCAGCAGAGAUGAACAUCGCCUCCGGCUGCCCUCUGUUUGUGUCUCAGAGCGUCCUGGAGACCGGCAGCUACAUCAAAGACGACACCAUCUUCAUCAAAGUUACCGUGGAUACCUCUGACCUUCCUGACCCGUGACGUUGCGACCUCUCUGACCUCUGACCUUGCUGGUCUGAGAUCAGCUCACCUGUCCAUGCCCAGUAGAGCAAAGGAUGAUGGGAAGGAUCAGUCACAAUGGAGAU